CCUUCCUGUCUAUUACCCACCACCUCCAUACUGGCUACAGGAGACAGUUGGUCGUUGCUGGAGGAGACGUGCAUGGUCCUUGUGGUCGUGCUAGGCUCACAGAGUCGUUCCAUGCACUGGCUGUGGAGCGGACUACAGUCCAGCCACUGCCUUGUGUGCGCUUCAUUCCGAAAUACAGCGUGCUUGUGUUUGCCUGUGAAGGAGUGUGGACCGGACCGUGUACAAUUUGAUAGAAUGCGAACGUACUUCUCAGGCGGGAGGAGUACCCGCAAGGACGAAAUGUGUCAUUCACGUAUUCAAAUGGGGGCGGCGAUUUCCACAACUUGGCAUGUGUUUAGCAUGAACAUGGAGCUCAUGUGCAGGGUGGAUAUCAAUGAAGCAAUGACACCGAAAAUGCAAUGAUCUCAUCGCGCGGUCAGUUCAGUCGGCAGUUUAGUUCUAUGCAAAGUGUUCAUACAUAUGUGGCGGACGCGUGGAUGCGUCACGUCA